AAGAAAAAAACUAGAUUAUAAUUAAGAACACUGGAUUACGAGGCCCCUAUAUAGGGCAAAAAUUGCAUCGGAUUCAAAUCAGAUAGAUGUACGUGUACCUCUUUGCUUUCUCCGAUUUCACUCCCAAUUGCAAACCUCUCCGCCAUUGUCAAACCCAUCAGCUGCAGCUCGUCGUCGCCGCUUAACCGCGAGCCAACAAACGCCAGAUCUCGGCCACUCCAUCAUCUUUCUUCCGUCGUCGUUUUCAGUAUAAAAUCAAGUGAUGGCGGAAUUAGAAAAUUUGCUCUUGGAGGCCGCAGGAAGAACCAGUUCAGCAGGGAGAAACCGACAUUCAGUGCAACCAUCUAGAAGACGACAUGAAGGUUCAUCUUCUGAUGGGGGAAGUGACUCUAGGGAUGAUGACUCAGAUGAUGAUCGUGGUUAUGCCGGCAGGAAGCCCUCUGGGUCUCAAGUUCCUUUGAAAAAGAGAUUGGACCCUGCUGAAAGAGAUGAUGAUCAGGGCAGUGAGGAGGAAGGUGAUGAUGAUCGUGGUUCUGAUCAGGAGGGUGACAGUGAUGAAUCUGAUGUUGGUAGUGAUCUUUACAAGGAUGAAGAUGACAGGAGAAAACUUGCAGAGAUGACUGAACUAGAUAGAGAGAUGAUUUUGUUAGAUAGAGCAACCAAGAAGGAGGACAGAAAUUUAAAGGAGAAAUUGAGACCAAAAUGGGAGAAAGGGAAGACCACACAGUCUAGAAAGGAGACUCCACCUCUUCCAUCAUCUCGAGUGCGGUCAUCAGCCAGAUCUGCUGACAGGGCAGCUGCUAAAGAUGAUGCAUUGAAUGAAUUACGAGCAAAACGUUUGAAGCAACAGGACCCAGAGGCUCACCGUAAGUUGAGAGACGCAUCUAGAGGAAGUUCUGGCAGUCGGAGUUUCUCACAUACCAAUAGGAAGUCCUUCACUGCUGCGAGUCUGAGUAGCUCUAGUCAGAGCGAAAGUGAAAGUGGGUCUGGCAGUGAGGAUGAAGGGUCAACAGGUGAUGGUGGGAUGAUUGAUAGUGAUGAUGAGAGGGGCAUGCCAGGUUCAGAGGGGCCGACAUUUGAUGAUAUAAGGGAAAUUACCAUUCGGAGGUCAAAACUUGCAAAAUGGAUUAUGGAGCCAUUCUUUGAGGAGUUAAUUGUGGGUUGCUUUGUGAGGGUUGGUAUUGGGAGGUCAAAGUCUGGGCCUAUCUACAGGCUCUGCAUGGUCCGGAACGUUGAUGCUACAGAUCCUGAUCGGCAGUACAGACUAGAGAAUAAAACCACAUACAAGUAUCUGAAUGUUGUUUGGGGCAAUGAAAACUCUGCUGCCAGGUGGCAGAUGGCAAUGGUUUCAGACUCUGCACCAAUCGAGGAGGAGUUUAAACAGUGGGUUAGGGAGGUUGAGCGAAGUGGUGGUCGGAUGCCAAGCAAACAGGAUGUGUUGGAAAAGAAAGAGGCUAUAAAAAAAAUCAACAGUUUUGUCUACUCAGCAGCUACUGUGAAGCAAAUGUUGCAGGAGAAAAAAUCUGCUUCGUCAAGGCCAUUUAAUAUUGCACUUGAAAAAGAUCGAUUGAGGAGGGAGUUGGAAGUUGCACAAAGCAAGCAUGAUGAGAUGGAGGUAGAAAGGAUCAAGACAAGACUGCAGGAGUUAGAAGCAUCCCGCAAAGCGCAUGAGAAUGAUGCUAAGGCAAUUAGGCUGGCAGAGAUGAAUAGAAAGAACAGGGCUGAGAACUUCAAAAAUGCAUCAGAAUUAAAGCCUGUAAAUACAUCUUUGAAAGCUGGGGAGGCUGGUUAUGAUCCAUUUUCAAGGAGAUGGACUAGGUCAAGAAAUUACUAUGUUUCAAAACCUGGUGAAACAAAAGAGAGUGUGGAGGCAAAUGCUGCUGAGAAUAAUGGUGCAUCUGCAGAAGUAGCAAGUAAUGGAACAGCGUUGGCUGGGAUGGUGGCUACUGUAGCAGCCUUGGAAGCUGCAGCUGAUGCUGGUAAGUUGGUUGACACGAGUGCACCUGUGGAUCAAGGGACAGAGUCAAAUUUACUGCACAAUUUUGAGCUGCCAAUCUCAUUGACUACACUUCAGAAGUUUGGUGGGCCUCAGGGAGCUCAGGCAGGGUUUAUGGCGAGAAAACAAAGGAUAGAAGCAACAGUUGGAUGUCGAGUUCCUGAGAAUGAUGGAAGGCGACAUGCACUGACACUGACAGUUAGCGAUUACAAGAGAAGAAGAGGGCUUCUUUGAAAGACAUUACCCAUGCAGGUAUCAGAAAUAUUGUCAGCUGCCCCAAUUAGAUCGAAUGUGUGUUUGCUGGUUUCAAAGGUAAAUUUUUCCAUGUGGGUUUAAAGAUGUGAUGUUAAGCCCUUAUACAAGUUUCACUUAUAAAUCUUGUUUCAGGAGUUGAAAGAGUGAGUGUGUUUGGUUGAGUUUCUUGACUUAUGAUCUACAGGAUGUCGAUGCAUCUUGGUUUGUACUUUUAAAACAUUAUGUGAUUAUUUAGUAGAGACCAGGGAGAACGCAAUAAAUGAAAGCUUUUUCAAGA